CUUCGAUCAUUAUUUGUGUAUCAUCAUUAUCUAAUAUUAUCUAUAUAUGUGACGAUUUCUGAUGAAGUAGAAACUUCUGAAAACAGUCAACAUUAUUUUCUGUGAUGCUUUGUGGAUCGUUUAUGUAAAAAUCAAUCUGAUUUUUGAUUUUGAUGGUAAAAUUGUGACCGGAAAAUGAAUUUGAUUUUUGUUAAAGCUGUGGUAAUUCUUUUAGGCAAUUCAAUUUUCAACAUGAGAUUUCUCGGUCUAGUUCGUGCUACGGAAAAAUCUUUCGAAUUAUUAAGACCGAUACCAGUCAACUUUUUUUCGAAACACCGAAAUGUUUCUAGCUCAGAAACUGCCCCGAAAGAAGAAAUUGAAGGACUUGUGAAAAAAAGUAAAGUUGUCGUGUUCAUGAAAGGUCUGCCAGAAGAACCUUCUUGCGGUUUUAGCAAUGCAGUAGUCCAAAUACUUCGCAUGCAUGGUGUUAAUUUUGAUGCCUAUGACGUAUUGGAUAAAAAUCCAUUAAGACAAGGUGUGAAAGAGUAUACCGGUUGGCCAACGAUACCGCAGAUAUUUAUCAAUGGAGAAUUCAUCGGCGGUUGUGAUAUUUUGUUAAAGAUGCAUCAAACGGGAGAAUUAGUUAAAACGUUGGCCGAAGUUGGAAUACAGUCGAAAGCUACUGGAAAGCCAGAAGAUAUUAAACCGAAAUGAACUGAAAUUAUAUAAUUAACGAGCCAUCAAAACUAAAAUGGAUAGAAUCAGAGAAUAUGGUGAAGUGUAUUGUAGUUUUCAAGAUCGCUUUCAUACAACGUAGAACAAUAUUUUCAGCAUCUGUAUAAAUGAAGCUCAACUCCUAUCUUAAUUUUUUGUUUUGUUAACAUUCAAAUAUUACAAUUGUUUUUUAA